GAUUUUUUAUGCUUCGCUUCAUAUCUAAUGAGUAGAUUUAUACAGCGGUUUUGAACUUUGAAGUAGUCAGCAAUUGGAUUAUUCGUACACAAACACAUUUACUGGUCCAUUCUUGUUUGUCACUAAAGAAAGAAAAGAACAAUUUUGAAUAAUUUAAAAAAAAAUAAUUCAUUUUCUUUUCAAAGAAAAAGAUCGUUUUUUUUUUUUUGUUUUCCUUCAGUCAAAAUCCUUAUAAUUCUCUUUUUCCAUCUCUUUUCCCCAUCUCUUAUAAAUCACCCCACUUCCUCUCACCUUCUUUUUUAAGAAACCCUCACUCACUUUCUCAUCAUUCAUUAAGUUUUACCCAUUUCUUUUUCUCUCUUCAAAACUAGUACUAAACUCAAAAACCCAUCAAACUACACACAUUAUUCACUUUCUUUAAGUAAGCCACCUUACAAUCCAACAUCUACAACUUCACUCUCAAUUAUUUGAUGAUCAAGCUAUAUUAACAAAUUUUUUCCUUUCUACAAACACCCUUUUGCUUUACUCCAAAGAUGGUUCUAUUUUAAGUCCUUUGAGUACUUGAUUAUCAAAUUUGGGUUGAAUUCAGCUUAGUGCAUUUGUUGGUUUACUGUUGUUAUUGUUAAUUAAAUGGAGAAGAACAUGGAUUUUGAGCAAAAGACCCUAGUGAAUGAACUAAUGGAGGGGAAAGAGCUAGCAAAACAGCUAAUGGGCCAUCUUCAACCAUCUUCUUCUCAUGAAGCCAGAGAUGUUUUGGUUGAAAAGAUAUUAUCUUCAUAUGAAAAGGCACUUUCAGUGCUCAACUGGGAUGGAAAGUCUAAGCCUUUGGCUUUGGAAUUCUCUCCAUGUUCCUUUGGAAAUACUAGCCCAAGAAGUGUAAUCAUUGAUCAAGACACUAAUCACAGAGAUGUCUUUAAGAAGAGAAAAAUCACUGUGAGGAGUGAGCAAGUGAGGGUACCAUUGGGAACAGGUGCAGAAGGGAAUCUGGAAGAUGGCCAUAGCUGGAGAAAAUAUGGCCAGAAGGAUAUUCUUGGGGCUAAUCAUCCAAGAAGCUACUUCAGAUGCACACAUAGAAAAACACAAGGUUGUUUAGCCACAAAGCAAGUCCAAAGAUCGGAUCAGGACCCUUCAUUUGUAGACAUUACUUACAAAGGCCACCAUACAUGUAGGCGAGCCUCUCAACCAGCCAUUGUGGCCUCAUCUUCAUUAACCAAAAAGAACCAUUUUCCACACAAUGAAGUAGUAGUCAAGGAAGACAAGAUAAGGCAAUCUCAAGUGAAACCUUUUACUCUUGAAGUUAAGACAGAGGAUUUGGACACAAGGGAGGAUCACAUGUUUGCACCCUUUUCAUUCCCUUCAACUCCAAUAGAAUCUGAACACAACCAUUUCUUCUCUGAGAUGAUUGAGACUGAUUUCGCGGGUGGUUUCUCGUCUCCUUUUAUAUCUCCAGCCACUUCAGAUUCAGCCUACUUUUCGGUGUCACCGUGCCAUAAGAUGACCAGCUUUGGAUUUGCCAGCAAUGUCCAAACUCCUGAGUCUGAUCUCACUGAGAUACUCUCAGCUCCAACAUCACUGACCAACUCUCCAAUGGGUGAUUUGGAUCUUACACUUCACAAUGUGGAUUUUGAAAUGAACUUCCCAUUUGACAGUCCUGAAUUUUUCUCCUGAUGUAUAGGAGAGGUUUUUAUUUUGUUAUUACUGGCAUAAAUAAUUGAAGAGUGUUCAUAAAAGUUAGGACUAGGAAGUUAGAAUUUGACAAGGCCUAUGGCCAUGAUGCUAUCAGAGAGAGUGACUGUUCCUCUCCUUGGUACUAAAUUUAAUUUAGAUGUGUAGCAUUUUUGGUUUUGAUUUUCCUUGUAGUCUUGUUUAAAAGCUUUUUUUCCUUUUGGAAGUCCAAGUCUCCUAGAGGACUCUGUUAAUUAUAAGAAAUAAACAAAGUUCAAUCUUGCAUCCUGAAAA